AUGUCGUAUUGGACAAGACCAAUUGUAUUCCGAAAGCCAGAGCUUGCGCUGCGUCUACCUCACGCCCUUCCCCUCUCCCCUCCUGAGCCCGGUGUCAUGACUGAGUCAAUAAAGCCGAAGACGAGAGAGGGCACAGGUGGCUGGCGUGGCGUGAGUCCGCACCUAUGUGGGUUAACACCUCCCUGGUCCGUGAAUAAUUGGCCGGGACUUCACACAACGAAAAAUGGGGAGGGGCAGCUCGGACCUCAACUGAGUGCCGUAAAGGUCACACUAAGAAGAAGCCAUUGCAGUAUGACUCUCAGUCCACCAGUCUGCCCGACAAAAAGUACUGGCCAGAUUUUGUAGCCUUCGCAAUGCGCACAGAGAAGGAACACCUCACCAGCUCACUACACUUUGCAAAGAUAGACCGACCGAUGGACGUCUUAUGUGGCGGUUUCGGACUUCCAUAGACCUAACUGCAGUAUCAGGCAGCACGGCGAGUUCUUCAACGAAGUUCUUGUUAGAACCUAGGGGAUUAAGUCAGCUAUCGAUGAGAUUAUAAAGUCUUUUGGCGUCAAGCCCGCAUUUAUUUCUAAUCCUCGUGAGUAAGCAAUCCAGGUGAUCGAAUAACCCCUGAAAAAAAAUAGAGCAGAUCUUCCCGGACGCUCGGGAUGCUGUUCCGAAAUGUAUUUAAUGUUGGACAGAACAGCAUACAAGCAGGUGGGAAGAAUGCCAGUAGUUUAGCCGAGUUCCUGAUUUAUAACCGGGUGAGUCAUGCAAAGUUGGGAGUCACUGGCUUUCCCAAACCACAGACCGAAGAUCUUGGCACGAUGUGUGGGCAAUGCCUUCUUCGUCACCGAAGUAGAUCUGGUAUCAACAUUUGAAAAGAUGUCUUCCAGCACACAUACUUCGUGGUACAGGAGGAACAGGUGUCCGAAGGUUGUAGGGGCCUAGGGACGAUAAAAUAGCACCAUGCAGGUAAUGGACUUUAACGGUAACCGCCCAAUCAGUCACAAAAGCGUUUAUGUAAGAGUGCUUUAGCAGCGCUUUCAGAGCACUUCAGAGAACCGAAAGAAGUAAUUUCAAAAAAAUGCAAUACCCCCAACGGUUAUUCAGACAGAAGGACUGCUUACACGCAGAAACGACACGAGAGAAACAAAUGUACAGAGUCCACUUUUUACUAUACGCUCCUACUUACCAACUAGUUUCCGGAAACCGUAGGUAGCCUUACUGUAUUGUUUAGAAUGGGGACAGUGCACAGGUUGUACGCUGGCAUCAAGUGAUGGAAGUGAAAAACCAAUCGCCCCGGCAUAACAAACCAGUAUUCGCUUACUGAAUUGGGUUCCUUGAAAUGUGAGUACUCCAAUAUUCCUUAUUGAAUUCCGACUUGGAUCCUGUCUGUGGAAUGCUUUAGGCAUCUUUUUUCCACCUCUAUUCAUAUCACCUUCAUUUGCACCGGGGGACCUUUUGACUACCUUAUCGGCCUUGCAGGACUUUUACGAACUGUUCAGAGAUAAGAUGCUUUCUUCUCAACCACUGGGUUCAUUAGAGUCAAUACUAAGCUCUGCUUCCACGACUAGCCGUGAUUAUGGGUCCCAGACAGCAAACACUGUGUUUCAAGAUCGAAUCGGACAACCUGACUUGUGGCCUUUGUAGCAACUGUGGGGCGUAUUUUACCGACUCAACGAAAACUCAGGCUCAGAUAUCAGAUUAUCGCCCGAUUGACACCAAAAAAAUAACAGAAAGGAAGCUGUUGAGAUAGGUCAGGGGUCCGCUUCCUAAAUCGAAAAUCACAAGUACACGCCACAUUUCGGUGGGACGGCGAUCGUAGAGGACGGUAGAGGAGAGGGGAGACUCAGUACAGAAAGAUUGCAUCAUGGUUCAGGAGAGGCUCUUCUACACCCAGGUUGGGAUUUAUCCCGUCUUUUUCAGAAUGCAUGACUGGGAAAAGGCGAAACCAGGAAGAGAAACAGCGUCAUCCUAGCACAUGUUGUUGAUUCGGGGCAUCGUGUGACCCCAGCGAAGGUUCUCGUGUGAUUUAUAACUUCCCAUCCAGUUACCCUAAGCUGCAGGAUCAUUUUCUGUGCGCAAAGGAGGAAGCGGAUGCAAUGAGGUUACGAAAGCCGCUCUUGUGUGCGCAGAAAAACCUCGUUCAGGCUGCGCGUCUACCGUAGUCAAAGGUCGACUAACUACAUGCAGCUCUCCCCCCCCUUCCGGUUUCACCUCACCUCGUGCAUUGGCCCUUAUUACCCCCCCCCCUUUCCCCCUAAUCCCGCAGCUCACCUUUGUUCUAAGACGAAAUUUAAUCGCUCUCUCUAAUCACUGUCAUAUUUUGCUUGACCCCGUUCCCAUAUAAAUGUACUGACCUGACGAUAAUUUAUCGAAAGCAAAUGCAUGCUCGCCAAUUAGUCUUCUGAAUGCUACAAAUCUGUUUACGCUCGGUUACUCCGGCGUCUCUAAACCGUAUCUAUCCACAGACGCGUCCUAAGCACAGUUAUAUCAUAACCACAAUAAAUAGGGCCCCGUCAUACGGAGAGUUUCCAUCGAGAACUUCGCCAUUUCGCUAGUGCACUAGAGUUGCGAAAGUAAAAGACACAAAACGUGCGUGGCUGGAGUGGUCACUUAGGGCUUUGUGGCCGUUGUCAACCAUACCUCAACGACAGGUUUGCAUGACUCGAUUCCCGAACCCAGAUUUUUUAUUAGAUGUUAGGUCAAUUUCUAUAAAAUUCGUAAACUAUGUUCCCAAUUUCGAUAACUGAGGUGGAGUAGAAGAAAUUUUGGCAAAUGCACAGAAUAGGAUGACAACCUAUGAAUUAUUUGCUGUCAGCCAUACUACAAUCCCAGGUUUCACAGACCCGUGGGUUAAACCAAAGUCCGGUUUGUCGUGGAGCUUAGUGCCCUAAAAGUUAAAACAAUAAAACGGUGCACUGUCUACUGCGAUCAAAACAAAGUUACACCUAUCAGCUGGUCUUAUCUGGAGACGGGCUGGCAAGAUAACCAAAAGCGGUUAUUCCAGUAACCCCUCUCUUUAUUGCCUAUACUUCCAGAUUACUCAUUCCCUAUUGCGGCAAGAUCUUACUUCGUAGCCAUACCUGUUAGGGGCUAGGGGUCAGAGUUAGGGAUUAGGGGUUGAGAUUAUGGGUCCGGGGUCAGGGCUGAGACUUGUCUACUGCAGGUACGGCUACGAAAUAUGAUCCUACCCUGAUUGCUAUGGGAUCGUUCUGCAGGGCUUUAGAUGUCACUCCUCAGUCGAAGCGAGACGUCCCCAAUCCGUCUUACGCUCCGGCCAGAUCGAUGAAUGACCUUCACAAGAAUAAUCUGAAGACAGAGGUUUCCAGUCAAUCGGUUCAUCUUGGAUCACGAUGUUCCUGGCUAAGACAGGCGGUCUGUCCAGUUAUCUAAAAAAAACAGCUGUUCGCUUCUCAUAUCAGGUUAUUAGCAUAAAAUGGCUUCUUUUGCGCAGUAAAAUAUUGUCCCAUUGGCAUGCAUGCCCCGUCCUUUAGCAGUUCUACUUGACGUCGUAGCAGAUGCGUAGUUGUUGACUUUGGCACGUCGGCCCUCUCAGCUCUUAAAAGGUCGAUAUAGCCCACCUAAUGUGCUUCCCUUUGCGCGAACCACUGGCUCAACUACUCCACUUGACUCACCCAUUCAGCUUUGACCAAUCAGCGAACAACAGGUUGAUUAUGUGCUCAUAACCUGCUAUUCUCGUCCCGUCCCCCUCCCCCCCCCACCCCAUCAAGUGGCAGUCGCCGCACUGGCCACCCCUGUUUCAGCCGAUCACAACUACGGGGGUUGUCCUGUCGGAUGAUGUGUCCCACUGGCGUGCUCGCCUAGUCUAGGCGCCCCACGAGGGCCGAGGUUCUUCGCAGGCCGUAUGACUGGACUUCCAGUAAAACAGCCUCCUCGGUCGUCCAAAACGCAGGCAUUCUUUUCUGCCUUGUCGUCCUGGAUUUUGGCCUCCACUCGCGCCAUCCGAGGUAGACAGAGCGAUGGUCCGAAUUGUUGAUUUUGAACGUCCUGCCCGAAUGAGUGACGGUUGCAAGUGACCGAUGGCACAAUUAAAGUGAGUCCACCGGACCGUUCUUCGAAUGUUUUUCAUGGCUUGGCACAACAUAGUGACCAUAGUUCAGGGUUUUGUCUCACACUUGCCGGCCCGAACUCCAUGUAUGACACUAAGCUUGCCUGUGCAUUAAUCUCUGUCAUUUUGGAUGUCGAAAGUGCUGGAAUCCUCUCUCUCGGCAUUCCCUCUUCUUUAAAAUUAACCUUAAAUGUUCUCAUGAUAGCGUUAAUAACCCUACACGACCAGGGUAGAAAGCAAUGGGUCACUUGUGAAAUCUUCUGGAGGCACCUAUUGAAGAUUCGGGAAGAUAGGCCGGUUUCUCCGCCAGCAGCUUUUGAAGUAUAUGAACACUCCGUUAGUGUUCACGUAGUAGUAUGGUUAAGAAAAAGAAGGAAGGACCAGGCCUAGGAGUGGCGCCGGGGUUUCAACUACCCGGCCAAAUAAAAGCAUAUUUUCUACUUAUCUCGUGACUGCUGUCCGUGAACAAAUGACUGUGAGUCAAGCAGAGGGAACGGCUGUUGCUUCAAGAGAUUCACACUUGGAAGUCACGUCUAGACGUUAUCCUACAACUUUACUCGUCUAAGCGCCAAAGGACAAUCAUCACAUUGGGGUUUUUGGUUUUCCGUCACAACAUAGCCACCUCAAAUAUUUCAAAACGCAUGCAGGAACUGCUGCAAAUGUUGAUUUCCCUACUGUUACCAAAAAGCUUGCAGAAAUGGAACCACAAUCCCCCUCGGAAUCACCCAUGAUCUCGCAUAUCUUUAAGCUCAUUUGGUUAUUUAAAAAACUUCGGAAACUUCGUUGCAUCGUGUGUGGCAUUCUGUUUUUUGGCUGUGUAUUCAAGCUCCUUGGCACAGGAAAUGUUCACCCGCAAUGGUAAACAGUCUGGCCAUGACGAAGCUUCGACGAUUUUGCGAUCUUUUGCUUCAUGCGGCACGUUUCUUACCGUCUCUUGCUCACGCCAGAGCAACACUGGGUCUUGUGAAUGCUGACAUGUCAAGCAGGUCUGCAAGCAGGCUGUGGACAUUUUUGAUAAGGCAAAAUCAAUAGACGGUUGGCAGGCGGCCAUGUAACGGCUGAUGGCGCAGGCAGACUCGUACAUGGUUUCGCCAACCGAUUUUUCCUUUACGCAAGCCACCUAUUAGUCUCCAGCAACACCUGUUGGUUUUACUGGAGGAACGCAGAAGGAGAAGAGACAGAGUUUGUGGUUAUUCAGACUCCCGAGAAAUCAGUUUCUAGUCCUUCUCACCCUCAACAUCAUAAUCAUCUGCUUUGGUAUUGUGGCGGCCUGUUGUAUGUUCUGCGGUUGCGUGCCUUAUAACUGCCGUCAUCGCUUAGUGGAAGCCUUCUUCCAGGGCAGUGGACAUCAUGUCCAAAUGUGACAUCAGCCCGUCGUCGGGGAACCAUGUUAACCUUGAGUACGUUCAGAAAGCCCUAUCAGCACUACAGCUCUGACUGUUCCUCCCGUUUGGAAUUUUUAAUGUCGAUCAGAGGUUUGGUCGUAACAUUGUUACAGCCACACUGUACGAAACGUUCGUGUGUGCAUUAAUUCCGCCCUGUGACCACCUCAUGUUGGCUCAUCGGGGUUUUAAUAGAAGGGGCCACUUCUACCUUCUCCAGUUCCACAGUUUCUUCAACUCCAUUCGUGGAGCUAUCAUGCCAGUUCUGUUAGUCGUCAGUGCAUCGCCACUGUACGUGCACAUGGCAGUCCUACACUCUGAAGUCCGCUGUCUGCAAGGCCGUAUUGAUCUCCAUCCCCAUCGGUAAACUUCCCACUGCAUACAUUUCCUUCUUUAUGACGUCACCACCGGUUAGAAAUUCCCAACCAACAGGGUCAUGUUCUAAAAUGCCUUUCAUCUGGGACCGUCGUAGCCCUGUUGCUAUCAUUAUGCACAUACCAUUUUCCCUGUGCCGGCAAGGCUUAAUCAACUGCCAAAGCCCAACAGCAAAAUUACCAGUCCUGUCAAUUUUUUCAUGGGCUAAUAGAGAGUCUCCGGUAUCCUAGGACCAUUUAGAAAACUUGAGAACACUUUUCAGACGACAUGAAACCUAUUCCAUAUUUUAACUCAGUACUUUGGACAGGGCCUUCUACCACCUCAACCUACCAUACUUCAUCGUGCCCUGCGACCUACAGAGCAUGCACUUUUACGUUCUGGUAUUACCAUCCUGCAUUGGUGUGCUAAACCCACUUGUCCACAUUUGUCUCGGCUAGAAAGUGCGCGAAGUAGCCUUUGCUCCAACACAUCGCACUUUGAGAACGCGCAUAUCCUCCACGCUGCUAUCUUCGGCGGACUCAACUCUUCACCAGUCAAAUGGGCAGCAGAACAGAAGUCAGUUUAACGGACCUAAAAAUUCCGUAAGGGAAGUGUCCUCGUGCUGAGAAGUCUAGAUUCGUAUCCCGUUUUCGCAGUCCCAGCUGCUUUUCUCUUCACUUUGAAACGAACGUUUUAUGUCCUUCCUUUCAGAGCAGUCGGUCAGGGGACCUGCGUCCAUAUCGAGCACGUUGUGAUAUCUAUUCCACACGAACUUCUCGUAGAUUGGUGUUCGGCAAGGGUAUGGUUUAUGGUCGGCGUUACUUACACCAGCAAGCAAGAAGGCUAAGAAAUAACUGACGAUAUUUAUUUGUACGUGCCAGAGAAAGAAAUAAAAAGACAUCGCGGUGGCUGUUUCAUGAAAAUGAUCAAGAUGCUUUAGGGUAGUCACUGGAGUAAAAAUACGACAGUGCAAUACCUUUUUAACAAUGCCCGCAAAGGGCAUUAAAUUCGUUUACUAUUAUCAUUGAAGAAGAAGAAGAAGAGGAAGAAGAAGAAGAAGAAGAAGAAGAAGAAGAAGAAGAAGAAUAAGAGGAAGAAGAAGAAGAAGAAGAAGAAGAAGAAGAAGAGGAACAGUAACAGGGACAGGAACAGGAAGUGGAAGAGGAAGAAGAAGAAGAAGAAGAAGAAGAAGAAGAAGAAGAAGAAGAAGAAGAAGAAGAAGAAGAAGAAGAAGAAGAAGAAGAAGAAGAAGAAGAAGAAGAAGAAGAAGAAGAAGAAGAAGAAGAAGAAGAAGAAGAAGAAGAAGAAGAAGGUAAAGCCAUCCCUAUUAACCUUUUAUUUAUUUAUUUUUAUUUAGCUGACUGUGUGGACCAUUUGACGGUCCGGGUGUCUGUUGCUCUCUGGCAUAAUAGUCGCCAUCGUUUGUCAGGGAACUGAUUUGGAAGAUUUUGCGUCGCAAAUGCCCAUUCCCAGACCACUGAUCGACUAGUGGCAAAGAAUUUCUCCCAUCUAUUUAAUGAAUGGUUCUUAAGCAGUCAGCGUCCUAGCAUUACAAAGCUAUUCCAUGGCACCUAAUGCAUUUACAGUUAAACUAAACAUAACUGGCUGUCAUCUAAAUAUGAUUAUUAUAGGUUAACAGACCGUAAGUGUAUUCCGAAGUAACAGUAAACCGGAUACGGAUCUCGGAGAUAGCCAUAAGUCCUAGUUAAGAUUGCCCAGUUAGGAUCAUCAAUCCCACGCAGGUGGUCUUACCUCCAAAUCAAAUACAAUCAACCCCAUUUCGAUACUCGAAUGCUAUAGCAAUAGAAGAGGAGCCACUGCCGAAGAAAGGUUCACUCCUGGCCUGACGUUUUACUUACAUACUAGGGACAUUGCUACAACGAACCUGGAAGGUCCUAAAAGGCUGUAGUCGGCCACAAUAUUCCUAAUUCAGUGCAGACUGAAGACGGCGACCCCUUCGGAGAACCUGGCCGACAGUGAUAAACGUGGAUGCACAAGUACCAACUGGCGGUAGUGUGGUUAGACAGGAAGUUGCAGGUGGCAACCAAAUCCUUGCAAAGGGGUAAAAUAUUGCUUUAGUAUAGUUUGGGUAGCGAACUGGGGAGAUAAAAACUCCCUACGGUAGGUUUAAUGACACAGCUACCAUAUCUUCUCUAUAUAAACCAUAACCUGUGCCUGGCUGCGGUCUGCGUGGCUUUGCGCCACUACUCACUAAGAAGACAGGCUCGAGGAGAUGUCCGACAAAACAUGCGACGGUCUGGUCAACUACUUAUGGUUGUAUAAAUCACGAAAGGUGUGACACGAAGUUCUGCUGAAAGGAGAUGCAGCAUUCGUCCUAGCCGUCACUGAAGCCCCGGACAACAGGCCCGAUUAGACGGUCGACCUGCGCAGUUUAUUGCAUCCUUCUCAGACUAGACAGUUUCAGAGGCGCAGUAAUCGGAUUUGCAACAGGACACAUCAGAGUACAGGUUCAUUUCUCCCAGUGAUCUUCCCCUGUGACAGACUGGUCCAAGUUGAGGUCCAUCUUAACUUUUGAGUUUGAAGGCAAGUUACGAAUGUAUAGACUCAGACUCGGCUUUCCACCUCAAACGCGAUGUCCUAUCGCAUAUCUAGCAAACCGAAGUUCAUAAGGCUGAGCAAGAUAGUACAAGAGGUUAAGUGGUCGUCUGGCUGUUGGGCGGCCCUCUAGACAUUACCGACUUAAAAGAAGGCGAAUGCACGAUCACUGAGACAGUAGAUUUAUUUGCCUGAGCUUUCGAACUCGAACUGGAGUUCAUCAUCAGAGACUUCUAGAGCGCAGCAAAUUGUGAACAUUUAUAUCGCUUGUCCUUGCGGGGGGGAGGGGGAGUACGUCCGUGGCUAGGUAGGGUUUGUGCCGCCUGGUCCACGAUGGGCCCCCCGGCGUGGUGACGCCGUUUGCACUUCGUGAUGGUGUGAGCUUCGCCACCUGGCUGCGUGGGCGGAGCGCGUGAUAACACGCAGGCAAAUCGACGUGUCUAUUGAUAGAGUUGGUGUCCGACAUGCACGCCUCCAACAGCUCUCGCCCUGUCUUGUUGCCGGCUCGCGCCAGUAUCCGCGUGUUGGCGAAGUCGAACUCAUGGCCUUCCUCCAGCGUGUGAGUGGAGACUUGAGAUAA